GUGGAUGCGUAGCAAUAUCGUUGUAGCUGCAGAAAGAAUGGCGGAGAUGGGUACUCUUCCUCGUGAUUUCAGCAGGGUUAUAUUAACCCUCGAAAAUGUUCUAAUUCCUGAUGAAAAGUUGCAGUUUACUCCCUCUAUGGCAGAUGGUCUCGAGAAAGAAACGGAAACGGAUUUGAGAAUUCUCGGUUGUGAACUUAUCCAGACUGCAGGAAUUUUGUUAAAAUUGCCUCAGACGGCUAUGGCUACAGGACAAGUUGUUUUUCAAAGGUUCUACUAUUCUAAGUCCUUCGUGAAACACAACAUGGAGGUUCUUGCGAUGGCCUGCGUCAAUCUGGCCUCCAAAAUUGAGGAAAGCCCUCGAAGGGUGCGUGAUGUAAUCAAUGUAUUCCAUCAUAUCAAGCAAGUGCGUAACAAGAGGAACAUUCAUCCACUGGUCCUUGAUCAAAACUACAUCAACUUGAAGAAUCAAGUAAUAAAAGCUGAGCGUCGUGUUCUAAAGGAAUUAGGGUUUUGUGUGCACGUCAAGCAUCCUCAUAAGAUUAUUGUGACCUACUUGCAAGUUCUCGAACACAUCGAUAACCACAAGCUGGUACAGUCUUCAUGGAAUUACAUGAAUGAUAGUCUGCGUACUGAUGCCUUCGUCAGAUAUCAUCCAGAAACCAUUGCUUGUGCCUGCAUCUUCCUUGCAGCUCGCCGUCUACAGAUUCCUUUACCACUGAGUCCUCCAUGGUAUGAGUUGUUUGGUGCAGAUCGGGAAUCGAUCGAAAUCAUCUGCAUGUCCUUGCUUCAUCUUUAUGCUCGCUCAAAGCCUUGCUAUGAACAUCUGGAACGGCUUGUGGAAGAAGCUAAGAAGCGGCAGGUAGAGGCUAAGCUUCGAGCCAAGACUGGAGCUGUUUCUGCAAAUGGAACUCCAAACUCAAAUUCUCGAGCCAAUUCCCCAAAAAAUAUCAGCCCUAACCCAGGUAUGCUUCCUGCUUUAAAGAAAAUUAAAACUGAGGAUGACAAUCGAUCAGAGAAUGGAAGCAGUUUUAGUGAUAAACAGAAUCACAACCGACGCAAGCUCAGCCAUGAUGACAGCGAUGGCAGUGGGUCAUUUGAUCGCAGUCGUAGUAAGUCAAGAUCAAGAACGUCUGGUUCAAGCCGCAGCAUAAGCCGAAGCCCACCUAGAAAACGCAGCAAAUUUAACUCGCCUUCACGCAAGUACAAGAAGGAGAAGUAUCGUGAUCUCGAUGAGCACCACUCUGCCUUAACCAAAGAGAAACGUAGUCACAAGCGCAAGCGACACAUGCGUUCACGCAGUCUCUCUCGUUCACGAUCACCACAGCGGCACUCAGGUUCAAAAUCAGCUAGCAACAAGAAGUAUUACAAAGAAAAAAGGCGAUCGUACACACCAGAGAAGACACAUCACUCCCGUAAACACCGCAAUGGCAACAGAGACAGUCCCAUUCGUGAAAGAUAUGACAAACACAGAAGAUGAUGGCAGGAUGUGAUAGUGUAAAUGUGAACUUGUGUGAAUGAACGAAAAAAUAAAAUGACACCAGUUUUGAUAAUUUUGACAAGCCUUUCAGACUAGUAUCCACAGGCUUUCAUUAGCAUUGUUAAUUAAAAAAAAGUUUUUGAAAUAAAUGCAGUUUGCUGCCA